AUGAUUCUGGCCAAUAAGUCACUGACAGAUUCACUCCAGAAGGGGCAUGAUAUGAUUUGUCAGGAUGGCAAGUUGCUGGCUUGUAAAUGCAGUAGUUUAGAUAUUAACAUCUCGGAGAAAGAUCUGGAAACCAAUUGUAUUCUGUUUGAGCCCAUGGUGCCCUUGGUGCAAGCAAAUUUCUAUGUGACAGAAAGUGAGCAUGGGAAACAAGAUUUAUUUUAUUACCGAAAAUCAAUAUGGGAGAUGGUUAGACUUCUUCCUAAAGAAAAUGGUGUAAGGGUGCUAGCGAAUCUUAAAGCAUCCUCAAGGAUACCCGUGACAGAAUCCUCUUUGAAAGUCAAGCCUUAUCAGUCACUGGGAAAAGUAUAUCUGGACCAAAAACAUGUCAAAUAUGACUACUUCAAGUCUGUGAACAGUGUCCUUCGUGAUUUGCAUGCUGUCCUGAGAGGUUUGCAGAUGAAAGAACCAGAUAAGUUAGGGUCAUCCAACCUAAUUCUUGCAAAUGAAGAUGAUGGUAUUGGAUCUAAUAUAUGCACAUCUUCUAACCGUUCAUUGCACGGUAUCCUUGUCAAUCAGAUAAUGAUGAGCCAAUAUCUUGCCAUUACAUAUUUUCUUCUCACAAAUCAUCAAAUAAAAUUCCAAUACAGUCCCAUAAACUCAAUUACACCUAGGAAACAGGAAGACCUCAUAGUUGAGGCAAUACCGAUCCCUGCCAAGAAUCUGCUUAGACCUUAG